AUGGCGUCACAGCUGCUUCCCCUCGAACUCAUUGACAAGUGUGUCGGAUCAAGGAUAUGGGUCGUCAUGAAGGGAGAUAAAGAGUUCAGCGGUACGCUCCUGGGCUUUGACGACUAUGUCAACAUGGUGUUGGAGGAUGUGACGGAAUUUGACUACUCUGGAAACCACACAAAGCUUCCUAAAAUUCUGCUCAACGGCAACAAUAUCUGCAUGCUGAUUCCCGGAGGAGAAGGCCCAGUUGGUGCCGCAGCUUGA